AUGAAUACAUCAAACUCCGCAGCUAGCACACCUAUCCGCAGCGUAGGUCGUGGCCAACUGCUGUCCAGAAUCACGGGCGCUGGAACUUCCGCAGCAGGCGGUACAGCCCGCGACAGUGAGGUGGCCGCGGUCAGCUUGAACGUCAAGCUGCCACCUUACUGGGCUGCUGACCCCCAGGUUUGGUUCGCACAGGUGGAAUCCCUGUUUUCCACCCGUCGCAUCACCAGCCAGGUGACCAAAUAUCAGUAUGUGGUGGGAUCUCUGACACCCGAGUAUGCGGCAGAGGUGCGUGACAUCAUCCUGGAUCCUCCAGCUCAACAGCCGUACGACGCCCUCCGCGAGCGUCUGAUUCACCGCACGCAGAUGUCAGAACAGCAGCGUUUGCGCCUGCUGAUUUCGGACGAGGAGCUGGGCGACAAGAAGCCUACCCAGCUUUUACGCAAGCUGCAGCAGUUGGUAGGUGAGAACGCCAUGCCCGAAAAACUAUUGCGCGAGCUGUUUGUCAGCCGGUUGCCCCAAUCGGCCAAGUCAAUAGUAGCAUCCUGCCCUGCAUCACUGCCGCUGCAGGAUCUGGCAGAAAUGGCUGACAGGAUAGUGGAGGCAGCCGGUCCCAGUACGGCAGUACAUGCAGUUCGCAACACUGGCGAGUCAGAGGCAAUGGCCGCCAUUGCAGCUCUCCGGGACCAAGUUGCCGCCCUGACGACUACUGUAACUGAGCUGAAACAGCAGCACGGCCGCUCUCGCUUCCGCGGCCAACCCCGCAGUCGCUCGGUCUCACCGCAUAGCAGUGGUUUAUGCCAUUUUCACCGCAAGUUUGGUGUGCAAGCCCGGCGGUGUGAAGCCCCGUGCUCCUGGUCGUCGGGAAAUGCCCCGGCCAGCCAGUAG